GUGACUCCUCUCACUGUGCAGGCCAUACGGGGUUCAUCCAUGCCAGAUAUGUUCGUCACUACUUCGUCCCGAAUUUCUGUGCAUAACAUUUCUACAGUUGGCCCCUCCCCACCGAGCCUGAUUCCGAUGAGGACCCCCCAGGUAAAUUUCCUUGUAAUUCAAGCGUGUUUGAUCGCGCCUAAUGAUCCUGAAGAUCCAGUUCCACAAGACGACAUUCCGAAUCCAGAUGUUAGCGGUCCGGACGAUCAAAGCUUUGUGAUGAAAACUUUCAUGGUCGUGAAUGUAAAUUAUGUCAAG